AUGAACCAUAAAGAGAAAAUGGGAGAAGAAAAUCUCACUAUGGUGGAAGAAUUUGUUAUCCCGGGAUUUUAUGAGCUACCAAACCUCCAAGUCUUUCUGUUUGGGAUUUUCACAGUCAUCUACUUGAGUAUUCUAAUGAGAAGUGGACUCAUCAUUGUAAUAACCAAGACUGAUCCAGCUCUCCAUACACCCAUGUAUUUUUUCCUAGGAAAUUUUUCCUUUUUGGAAACCUGUUACACAUCAAUUAUCCUUCCCAAAAUGAUGAUGAACAUUUGGACUCAAAACAGAAAUAUUUCUUUCAUGGCCUGUGUUGUACAACUUUGUGUUUUUCUUAUUCUGGGAGGUGCUGAGUGCUUCCUCUUAGCUGUGAUGGCAUAUGACCGCUAUGUGGCCAUUUGUAAGUCUCUCCACUAUCCUGUCAUAAUGAAUCAAAAAGUGUGUAUCCAGCUGGUGGUUGGGUCCUGGAUAUGUGGGUGCCCAGUGCAGAUAGGGCAGACAUACCUGGUUUUCUCUCUGUCUUUUUGUGAUUCUAAUAAAAUUAAUCAUGUUUUCUGUGACAUUUUUCCCUUACUGAAGUUGGCCUGUGGGGGCACCUCUAUAAAUGAAUUAUUUGUUUAUGCUUUGGCUAUGCUGUUUGUUUUGGUACCCUUUCUUUUGAUAAUUUGGUUCUAUGUCAAUAUCAUUGCUACCAUUCUGAAUCUGCCAGUGGGCAUGAGGAGAUCUAAAGCCUUUUCCUCUUGUUCAUCCCAUCUAAUUGUUGUGGCCUUCUUCUUUGGGUCUGCUAUCAUAACAUAUUUAAGACCUAAGUCCUCACACUCCCCAGGAAUAGACAAAGUGCUCUCUCUUUUCUAUACCAUUGUGACCCCAAUGUUUAACCCUUUGAUAUAUGGCCUAAGGAAUAAGGAUGUCAUUGCUGCAUUGAUGAAAAUUUUAUCUAAAUGA